AUGGGUUUAAAACAAUAUUCAGAAAUGAUUUAUGUAUUUGAUUUAUUAUUAUCAGCAAUAAGAUUUCAACAAUUAAUAUUAACAAUAGGAGAAACUUUGUUAAAAAAACAUUUUAGCACAAUAUCAAGUAAAAAUUUUCAAGAAAUAAUUUCAUAUAUAACGGAUUCAAAUAUUCUUAAUCGUUUACAACAAAUAUUAACUACAAGUGAUAAUAAUUAUUCAAAUUUAUUUACAUCUAUUGAUUCACCAUAUCUUCUUGAUAUAAUUUGUGCUGCAUGA